AUGGCUAGCUCACUAUGUGUAAGAGUCCUCUUUGCCAUUUUGGCCUUCCUAUUGGAAGUGAAAAGAAACGUUUUAUAUGCCCAGAACGAGGAGGUGACUUUAUGUUUGUCCGAGUUUAACCAAGACAAGGAAUGUAACAUAGCAGCUGAAUUUGGGAAGGAAAUAAAAGUGUACUGUCCGAUAGACUCAGAACAAAAUAAUAAUGGAGGGGUUGUACGCAUGAACGGACGUGAAGUAAAUAACGACAACAAUUGUUUUAGUAAAAUGAAAUCGAGUGAUGCCUCCAACAGAAAUGUAGUAAGAAAAUUUGAAGAGUAUGUCAAAAAUUUAAUUAUACACACAAAUGGUAGGGACCAUACGCAUUAUUUCUACGUACCUCAUACGAUGAACACUGGAUUGUUCCUCUCUUGUAAUUGCAUUGACAGGUCCAAGCAGAAAGCUUAUAAGUUAAACAUCCAAAUAGCCAAAAACGAUAAAAUAAAUGUUAAGGGUUGUAAUUUUUACUAUGCUGAUGAGAAGGGAGAGGAGAAAGAAAAUUCCCUAGAAAAAAGUGUCAAUGUAAAGUAUAAAAAAGUGUGCAGUGUAGACGUCCAUGCAAAUGAUGUUGUCUCCUUUAGGUGUAGAGUUCACAACAGGUACAGCAACGUCUUUGUUAAUCCUCCCCUCUGCUUUUACGAUGUUUUAAAUGAGAAUAAUGAAAGUGUGCAAAUUUCCGGGGUACUUAAUGGAGCUAAGGUUAUACCCAGACUAACCACUUACGUCCAUGAUCCUAUGAUGCCCAAAUUUUUGGCUUACCUGGCCGCUCCCCCUCAAAUAAACGAAUCCCUAAAGGUGGAAUGCAGCUGCUCCAUUACAGACAAUGUGCUGGACAUUUCCUACACAGGAACCAUCUCGUUGAAUUUUGUAAAAACGGAUAAGAUGCAUCCCGUCAAGGAGGAAGAGGAUGACGAAAAUAGAAACAGGUGGAAGAACAGCAUAGGUGAAAACGAGGCGGAAGACGGCAGGAACAUAAACAAUUUGGCACCGCGGGGGGGCAGCAAGGACGCCAGGUCCUCUUCUGUGCUGAAUUGCCUCUCGACCGUGUUGCUCCUCUGUUUGUUUUUACCAUGGGGAUGA